UGGGUUUCAGGCGUCGGCGCGGCCUGAUCAUCAUCCCACUUCGCAGCUGCGCGUUUAGCCAAAAGAUGAGAGCAAGCUGAUUUUCACUUGGGCGAUAUUUGUUGCAGCAACAUUGAGAUAAGCUCGUGUAAAUCAAACCAGCACCAGCAGCAGCAGCAGCAGCAGCAGCGGCUGCGUCACUAAAAGCGAUAUACAUCGACGCUUCUAAUUAUAAAUUUUCUGACGAUACGUGAGGUUCUCGAUUACGGCCGAGAGCGAGGGACGAGGAGCGAUAUUCGAGCCAGUAAAAGUGGUCCAGAACUCGCUCUCCGCGUAGCGCAUUUCAGAGAUUUCGGGUCGUCGGCUUACGCGAGGCGAAUUCGAGCCGAUCCGCCGCUCGUUUUCCUCGAUCGGUCAAAACCCCGAGCUAAUUAAACCGGGCUGUCUUGAUCGGCGGGUUGCGUAACAGUGUAGCGGCAUCGAUCAGGAAGAACGAAGCGGUCGGAUAACUUGGACGGGAUUUCUUAACACACGAGGGAGUAAACACAGAGCCGUCGAUACGGAGGCUGAAAAAUCACCCCUUCCAACCCUAGAACGCAACGGUCGGAUUUGAAUAAUUCCACGUAAAUCAACACGCCGCAAAAUCCCAGUCGCUGAUUGCGCGCUUAGCUGUGCGCCGAGCUGAUUGUUAGCCGAUCGCGACGGCGACGGCAGCGCCCGCUGACCGUUUAUAAAUAUACAACGUCAGGCGGAAUACAGUCGUCGUGACAGGCACGUGUGAGAAAAUUCUCUUCGAGCAGUCUGUAUAUCGGUGGUAAUCGACCCCUCGGCGUCGACGCGCGUGAUUCGAUUCUCGAGAUACGCGAACGCGCGCACCUCCGUUACACCCACCCACACAACGAAUAAACCACGAACAAGGUGUUUCUCAUGCGCGUGCGAGCGCAGGACGAGCCGCAGAAGAGCUGGAAGACGGAGUAAUUGAAAUCCUGGAGCAGGGAUUCCGCCCCGAGAAUCGAUCCAUCAAUCCAUCCAUCUAUCCGUCCAUCCGUCCGUCCAUCCAUCUGUCAAGAGUGGAAGAGAAAAAUAGUGCGGUGGAUGACGGAAUUCGUCGGGUGUACGUCGAAACGUUGACAAGUGCGGAGUACCUCCAACGUGCCGGGGAUUGUAACGAGAUACCGUAUCUGUUGCGUACAACGACGAUGUUGUGCCGCUGGUGGGAAACGUUCUUUACUUUAACGAGCUUCUUGCCUACUAGUCGUUAGAUACAUGGUCGCGUUGUAGCCGCGCGACGCCCAGGCAGACGGCACUUUGUACCAUAUAUUACACUUCGUCGGUGGAGGCAGCGCGCUUAUGUGCUUGCGAACGCGAUCGAACGGCGGAGCUUUUUUUACCGAUCCUAUUACGACUCGGGUGUGCAGUUCCGGAGGUGAUUAUUGUGCGGGGCAGCGACGCCUGUCGCGGGGUUAGACCUCGACGGUAAUAAGGAGACGCUGAUGACAUUUGGUGCGAACCAGUGCAGACCGCCUGGAAGGAAGCGCCCGAUCCUUCUUCCCCUGGAUUCUUGCGUCGGCGGCAAACCUGCGGCUGGAGUCGAAAACUCGGAUUGCAGCAUCGCCCGAGGCGUUCCUUCAUCGGGAACAGUAGAAGCCCCGAACCAUAGGAGAAACGGAUCGGCGUCGCGUGGUGGCGUGACUCUCUCCUGCAUCGAUCGAACGGACGCAGCAGCGACGCCCUCUUGACGCCCCCACCUGCGUACCGUAUCGUCGGAAUUCUACGCGUCGAGAAUACACCCCGAAAUUUAACUCCGGGGUGUGCGUCUUUGGACCUCGGUGUUCUAGUAGUCGGAGUACAUCGUCGCCUGUAAUGGUGCGGAUUAUAGUCGGGGCGGUAUCCUCGGCUGGGGCGUGAAGUCGAGGGUGGUCAGUGAGUCGCGCGAAGGUGGUUAACGACCUCGAGACUCCAAGGAGGCGGGGCGCGGGGCAUAAGCAAGGGUGCAACGGUGCAAAUGAAGGACCAGAGGAGGGUGCCAAUGUUUUGCUUCCAGAGCCCGUUCACUCGGGGAAGUUCCCGAGGAAGUGCGCAAUCGUCGAGGACCGCGAGCCCAUCGGCGGCGAUGCAGCGCCCCCCAGACGCCUCGGCGGCCGGCAGUCGUCCCCCGACGACCGCCGAUCACGAGUCGAUCGGGAGCAGACGACGCGGCUCCGAGACGAACAGCGAGGGCUCCGGCUCAUCCUCGAUAAAGUACAUCGACCAGGAAGCCACCUGCAUGUCGGGGAGCAGCAGCACCGACACCCUUCCGGGUAUCCGCGCGGACUACCUCGACGUCGACCCCCUAUCGUCCCCCGAGACCCCCGUCGCCUGCAACGGCGACCUCGCCGAGCCCGACCUCGGCACGGAGAGGCCGAGUUCCGGGUCGUUCCUGAGCGUCAACCCCCCGUCGACGGGGCCCAAGGAGAACCGACCCGUCCACCUAUCGCCCAACGGCCAGAAGUCGAACGGGGGCGGCAGGUGGCGUAGGAGAUUUUUGCUCAGACUGAGGUCGACCGAGUCCUCGACAUCGAGCACCGGGGAACCGUCCCCGACCCCGUCUCCGUCGCCGUCCCCGACUCCGUCCCCCUCUCCGUCGCCCGGCAACCCUAACCACGUGCAGAGGUCCUCCUUCUCCUCGGCCCAGGAUAUACCAGCGUUGGAAAACGGAUUCGGGGAAGCUUCCGCCGAGGGUGUAGCGAAGAGUCUGUGCGUCGAGGAAGGAUCUCUCCCCUCGAGCCCCGCGCCGGGUGUCGGACUGGCCCCCGGGGGCGGGGCCUACUACGCUUUCCUCACCGCAAACUGCGUCAUACGUCAGGAACCAACGAGCACCAGUUCGCCCCAGCUUUCGUCGGCGGCGAGCACUCCUCGAGCCAGUGUCGACUCUCCGAUAUCCUACAAGGAUCUUCCGCCGCAAGGAGCCACCCUGGAGCCCCAGACUCUCGAGGCCAGCUGUCUUCCCGCCGCCAGAUCCUGCCCCAACCUGGAACGCCAGAGCGGACCCUCGAGUCCCAGUCCGAGCCCCGGGCCGGCUGGGCCCCGUUUCAAACCCCUCGAGGAGGGCGACAUCCAGGUCUGCUAUUUGAACCACACGAGGACUCUGGUCAGCAAGAUACUGUCGAACAAGUUCCUGAGGAGGUGGGAGACCCAUCAUCUCUACUUGAACGAUGCCUGCCUCUCGUCGAGAACGCUCACGGGAUUUCUUCAACAUCCGGUACCAUACAGCAGCAUGUCUGAGGUUUACGCUGUCGCGAGAUGGGAUCCGACCUACAAGUACUGCCUCCGUAUCGUCUUACCGGACGGAUCGCUUCUCUUGCAGGCUGGUAACGCUUACACGAGGGAUCAGUGGUACCAUUCCAUACUAUGGAAGAAGAGCAUCUUCAAGUACCAACACUUGGUCUCGGUGAGCACCAGGGAGGAGGUCGUGCUUCGAGAGCUCAAAGCGAUGGUAGAUUUCGCCCUGUGGACUCCCCUGCAGGACGAAAGGGUCGCCGGGGCGCCGCUCGAGGCGGUAGCCAGACUCCUGGAGGAACCGGAAGCGGCCGAUUCGAAGAGCGGAAAGGGCGGCGCGGCCCGCUGCGACGGCAGGGGUGGGAGAAAUUGGGCCGAGGCUGUUCUGGCCGUGGCGGCACCGCUUUUGGAAAAAGUCGCGCCGCCACCGACGCUUGCAAGAGCUUUGGCAAGGCUGGCCCAACUCCACCCGAGGUCUCCUCUCGUCGCGGCUCUCGCCCCGGCCAUAACAAGGUGCCUCAAGCACACCGUCGACUUCGGCAAGUCGCCCGACAUGCGGAAGCUCCUUCAAGUCUUCGUCGCCGCUCUCUACGAAAACAACGACGGCGAACAGGCGAUCAGGGACUACAUUGCCUCCGUUCACGGACCCGGAAGCGACUGUCCUCAUCCAAGGGUACUUCCGAAUCUAGUGUCGAUUUGCGUCGCUGCCAUAUUUCACAGAUUCGAGGUCGCGCGUCAUUCUUCGUCUGCAGAUGAACAGCCAGCCUCGUCAUUGCCUCCUCUCCAGUGUUAUCUUCUCCUCUUGAACGUUGCAUCGGAGUACGCUGAUUGGCGGCCUGGACUCGGCGGCCUUUUGCAGCCGGUUCCGUUCCCCGAAGAAGCUCUGGCCGACAAAGCUGUCCAAUUGUCAUUGCUGGUCGGCGUCGCCGGACGCCUCGCCAAGGACCCGAGGUGUUCAGUUCACCGAUGCUUACUUCCGGUACGAGAACCGAGACCCGGAUGGAUCCACAUCGCGGCUCCAGCGAGCCCCGCCUGUCCGGAUCAAGGGCAGCUUUUUGGAGAAAUGCUAACGACGCUGUUCGAGUGUUGCUGUCGGAGGAAGAAAUUUGUUGGAUCACUCAUGAAACAGGCCGGAGGCGCUUGUAUCCUCCUAGGAGUCAGAGGAUGCGACGCGGCUCAAGAGGCAUUGUGUCUGAUGUUGGAGUGGAGGUUGCUCCCGAACGAGGAAGCCAGACUGCAAGUAGUUUCCGCCCUGCAAUCCACAGCUUCGGGAAGAACAAAGUACGCCGCACUUUGUCAGCGGCAGAGAAACCUGCAGGAGUUGCAACAAAAAGGGGGACCCAAGAAGCUGACGCUGCCUGUUCGAGCGACUGACGCCGACGUCGCUCUUCUUCUGGGCGGAGGUGCUCUAGGAAAUUUGGAGUGUUUGAGCCUGGCUUUCACGUCUGUGACUUCGGCCUGUGCCGAACAGUUGAUAAAGCUACCGGCCUUGAGAUAUCUCAACUUGUGGGCAACGCAGUUCGGCGAUGCCGGCCUACAAAUGAUCAGCGAACACCUCCAGAAGCUGCAGGUGUUGAACUUGUGCGAGACGCCGGUUUCCGACAAGGGAAUUUCCACCCUUGCCUCGCUAACGAGUCUGAGGAAGUUGAACUUGAACAGCACCAAACUGUCGGCCCAAACCUUCGAAUCGUUGAAGAAGCGAUUGCCGGCUCUUCAGGAAUUCGAUGUUCGAUACACAGAGGCUUGGUGACCCGAACCUCCGCCCAGAAAUUUACCGAACAACCUCAACAAUCUCUUGGAUAAUAACGCUUCGACAAAUAUAUUAACCGCAAGGCGACAGCGUUGAGAUGAAUAUUUUUGAGCAACCACUGCCACCGAUUACAAAGUUCAAUACUUUAUUUACAGUUGUUCGUCCCUGGCCUACAUUACAAUGUGUGUACAAUUAUAAUAGUAAACAUACGAAAAAUUUAACUCCCGUAAAAGGUGUACAAUUUCGUUCGAUGCAAAGCUGAUGAAUUGAGUUUUGUUGCGUUUCUGUUGAAAUUUUCAUCACCGUCGCGGAAAUUUCGCGCUAGUGAAUUUUCUAAAAACGAAGGUGACUUGGAAAUUUUAAAAUCAUCUCUUCAUCCAACUUACAAAUACAUAGAAUCACGUGUUCUUCUUGUUUUUCAUUUAUAUUGUAGGUGGAUUGAUUAACUAACGGAACACUCGGUAUGUAUACUACAAUUCGUUAUAGUAUAGGGUAUUACAUCUCAAUAUUGAAUGACCGUUAUUAGUGUACAUAGAUAGCUAGAUACGCGGUGAGGAAGAACCGUAUAAUAUACAGCUUAAGUUAAUAAUUUAUUAAAGCUAGGGAAUAUUAUACAUAUAUACACCGUACGUACAUACAUGCAUACAUGGACACGCAUAUAGGUAUACGUAUGCCUGAGUAAGUGAAAUGAUUUAACACACCGCGGCUAUACUACGCGCGUACGAUAUAUAAGUUGUUAAUUCAAUUUGGAAGAAAAAUUUUUAAAUAACAAAAACGCAUGUAUAGAGUAUAACGAAAUUGAGGAGAAACCGAAAGAUGAUGUGGCGUAUAGGAUUGUAUAUUACAAGUUAUACGUAUAAUACAUUAUAUAGUACCCUAAUGAUAGGACGACUGAUUCCGUAUUUUAUUUGAAUAUAUAUUUGCAAAGCUGCAAGGGAGCAAGCGUUGUAUGAAGACUGUAUCUGUCAAUUUCAUUAAUGAUUAUCAAAUUAGUUAAUUAUGAUAAUAAUAUAAUAAAAAUAAUAAAAAAUAAUAACAUUAAUAAUAAUAAUAAUAACAACAACAACAACAACAACAACAACAACAACAUUGAUAAUUCAUUAAUUUAUGAUAAUAAUAAAUACAAGUUUAAUAUUCAUUCUGCCUUUGUGACAUUUCCCACUACAAAUACAAUCCACACCUAUGCAUAAUAUAAGUAACCCGUAAAUAGAAACAAAUUAAGUACGAGUACGUCAAAAUUCAGAAAAAUACUAUGCGUCAAAAGUAUUGAUGAUUCAUCGGAACAUUUCCCUUAUCGUCAAUGUGUGAACGUAAUUACAAUUUUUAUUUUUAUUUUUUCUUCUCUUAUUUUCUGUCAGUGAAAUAAAUUAACCGGGAUAAUCGUUAAUCAUACGCAUGAACAUAACGGCGUUUUAACGCUAAUACAUCGAAACAAAUUGAUACGAUUAAUAUUUUCAUACUUAUUUACUGUUAUUAUUAUAUCGUUCCUGUCGACAAAAUUUUCGAAGGUAAAUAUGUAUUUUUUUAUUUUGCUUUCUUUCGUCUUCUCACACUGGAUGGUAAAUUAUUUCAAUAAUAGGUAAUAUUAAAUUAAACAUUAGAAAAACUUUUAAUUGUUACAAGUUAGUUAUAAGUAUGUAUACAUUUAUAUACAUAUAUAUAUAUAUAGACAUAUGUAUUAUAGAUAUGUGCAGAAUGAGUAUUCAUAUUAAAAAAUUGUGAAGUACCACUGUUUACCGAUAUUUAUACUGCACUGUACAUUAAUAACAACAACAACAACAAGAAUAACAACAACAACCUUCUUGUGCGUUCAUUUGAUGAAAGACAGUGGCGUGAGAUUUUCAGUAAAAUUCAAGUUGUCAAAUGAUUAAAAACUAAGACUGAUCCUCCUCUCACCGGCCGACUUAUUUGAACUGGUAUAAUAUAAUAUGGAAAGCACUUGUCAUUCAGCUUUCGGGUUACUCUGCACAAGAAUUAAUUAAUUGUAAAUCAUAUUAUAUUUCUAGAGCGCCGCGGAUGCCUGUUAUUAACAAUAAUGAUAAUAAGAUUAAUAAUAAUAGGUAAGAACUGUAAAAUCAAAUACAUAUAAAAAAAUACACUUCGUAUUUAAAUACUUUGGCUAGAUCUUGUUGGGAUUCGUUGUCAGAUUGCUUUUUGCAUAAGUAUAGUAUACAUAUGAUGUGAGCCUAUCAAUAUAAGAUUAGGGUAAUCCUACGACAUACAACUAUAGAUUUCUUAUUAAAAUUAGUAUGAAAAUUAAUGUUUUACGUCUAGGUAAAACGUGUUAACAUAACACUCGGGUUCUAAUACAAUAGUACCAGAAUCCGGAUCUGCCUAAUAUCAGGUUACUUCAUAGGUAUAUAAAAAAAAAUAAGAUCAUAACAAAAAAUUGUAUGAAUGUGUAAACUCAAUUUGGUAUCUAUGAUGUAAUAAAAAUAAAAACAUUGUCAAGCAUAUGGAAAAACGAGAAUGAGAAUGAAAAAUAUCCAGAUUGAAAAUAUCUGUUUGGUUCUUCCAGAUCUACAGUAUGGAAAUUAAUAAUAUUCUCAGUAUGAUGUAAAAAACGUUGUC